GUUUACGUCAGUAACGGCUAUAAUACAUGCAGUAGGACUUCAUUUAACGACACUGUCAUUUUGAAGGAUUGAAUUCUACAAGUUUACAUUACGACCAUAAAUAUGACUGAAGAAUAUUCUGCUGAAGUGAAAAAACUCCAUACUGAGAUGGUGAGGAAGUUGUCCGGAAACUUAGCGCCGGUUUGGAAUUUAAAAAUAAAAUGGGGUGAACUUCUAGAUUCUUUAUCACACGACAAUCCGUUGUCCCAAGCGGAAAUUCAAGGAAUAUCCACAAUGCAACAGCUGUUCGUAGCCCUCAUGGACAAGAGGUUCAUCGAUUAUGGGAAGUACGGUCCAUUUGAAAAGAGCCUUAGACCAAUACAUCCAAAUAUGGCCAGCGCAGUUAAACAAUUUCAGGCUAAAAUCAUUGCUCAAAUUGCAAAAGAAGAAAAGAAGAGAGACGUUGCGUUGACACCAAAAAUAGGAAAAGAUACUGUUGAAGAGGUGGGACACGAUGAGAAUGAGGAUUGGGAUGAAAUUAUAGAGGACGACGAAGAUAAGGAUGAAAGGUCUGCACCACUCCCAGAAACAGAGAGAUUAAAAUUGCAAGCAGAAAUGUUACUGGAACUGUCUGAUUGUUUGGGCGAAAAACAAAAAGACGACUGGGCAAAAUUUAUGACAAAUUUACGAGUAUAUUUUAAAGCAGGCGUACUUGCAGAUAUACACAACGUAAUGGAUGCAUUCAAUACGUUGAAGAAACGUGGUCAUUUGAAACUAGGAUUCUAUGAUGUUUUAAAAGACAUGGUACGUCCUAUCGAUGAUGACAUGGUCACGAUAAUCGACAAGUUCUCUGCCGAUAUAAAUCGUGGAUUACCAGCCAGAGAACGAGCGCCAAUAGGAAAAGGUACAAAGAGACGCAUGUCAUAUAGAUCAAAAGGAAAUCUUGCCGAAGGACAAGCGUCAAUGGGCUCACAACGGAAUGAACAGCCCACGAAAAAGUCUCGUCAUUCAUAGGUAGCGAUGAAUAUCGAAGAGAAAAUUGAAGUAUAUAUCGAUAAAAAAGUAGACUGAGUUCGUGGUACGAGUAAAAUGGGUGAGAGGAAAAGACGUUCAGAAUACAAAAUACAAAGGAGUAUAAUGAACUUGGCAGAGGAAUGACCAUUGGGAACGAAACAUACAAUCCAAAUGUCGCAUUGCAGUUGAUGGUUGCUUGAAAACCAUACAUAAACCAUCAAUAUUUUAUUUGUACUUACCAAUAUAAAACAGAUCUGGACAAUUUCAAAUAUUAUCUGAUUUCAUUGAACAUUGAAAACUGUAACGAGAAACGAUAUCGAUUAUGGACUUGGAUUUCUAUAGAACAAUGCUCUUUGUGAUCACAUACCAGGUAUACUGAAUCCUUUGGUAUUUUUUGCAAGGACUCCAAUAAACAUGAUUAAAUUGUAGCCAGAAAAAUAAAAUUAUAAUGAAAACUGCUUUAGGCUCUUAAUAUUU